UACAUCAUCACAACAAUACAAAUUCACAAUGUCACAGUGAUACAUAAUCGCAACAAUACAGAAUCACAACAAAAGAGGUAUGGAUGUGAAGGGAGUAGAGGUGUGGAGAGAGCAUAGAUGUGAGAGAGUAGGGAUGUGGGAAGAGUAGAGAUGUGGUCGCAGAUUUGUUGUGAAUCCGGAGGUGUCCGUUCUUGUUGUUUCGUAGGGUAUCCGUGCAAACUCUGUUUGUGACAUAUCUAAACAGCUUUCUUUCGAGUUGUUGUCUCAGGUGAUGUUUGGACGUUAGAACUCGAACGAAAGGGGCAAGGCGACUGACUGACUGACUGGCUGACUGGCGAUGUAUUUAAAGAUAUUUUAGGCAUUUUCUUGGUCUGCGAUCUGGGGCAUGUUGGAGACUGACGAGGCAUACAUCAAAGAGCAUGGAGCGCCUCUGUUCUCUUCCAACAUGUUGGAUGAUUUACUCUGUGAAACGUGGUUUCCCUAAGUUGGAUGAUUUCCGGUUUUCCCCGUUGAAGAGACCUGAGAUGGGAGAAACAAGGCGGCACGUGCAGUCAAAAAUAAUCACCACCUGUGCGGGACAUGCAGACAAUUCUGCAUCCACGUCGCCUGGACAUCUGAUACUGUGCAUAUGUGCGGCUUUGCGUUUGAGUCACUGGUUGAAGCGUUGUGACACUAAGGCAUUGUGUUUGAUCUUUGGAAAUUGUUUUGCUCAAAGUGGAAAAAAACAUCUUGACGGGUUAGUUGCUUCCAUUUGAACCUGGUAGACUGGAGUCAGAUGAUGCGCCUCAUUCUCCCAGUGCUGCUUUUGCACGCAAUUCGCGCGCAAGUCCAUGAAAGCUGUGAA